AUGACCUUCCUGUAUAAGAACGUCCUCUUAGUCGGCGCUACAGCCGGAAUCGGGCUGGCGCUGGCGGAGCGCAUGAUUGACAACGGCAUCUUCGUCAUCGGCGUCGGUCGCCGGAAGGAAAGGCUCGACGCAUUCGUAGCUAAGCACGGGUCUAACAAGGCCGCGGGAUCGCAAUUCGACAUCACCGAGUUCGACAAGAUCGAGGCGUGGGCCAAAGACAUCACCGAGAAGUACCCCGACAUCGACGCCGUGAUCCUCAACUCGGGCAUCCAGCGCACGCUGGACUUCUCCAAGCCCAAGGAGAUCGACCUGCCCCGCACGAUACAGGAGCUAGGCACAAACUACACUUCGUAUCUGUAUUUAAUCACGCACCUGCUACCGCACCUGCAAGCGCGCGCGCCGAAACCCGCGGCUCUAGUCGCCGUCACCUCCGGGCUAGCCCUAGUCCCGCUACCGCGGUGCGGCAACUACUGCGCGACCAAAGCGGCGCUGCACUCGCUGCUGUGGUCUAUUCGCGCGCAGCUCUCCCACGACGAGGGCAGCCAGCAUAUCCGGGUCAUCGAGAUUUUACCGCCGGCCGUGAAGACCGAGUUGCAUUCGCAGCAGGCGGAGCUUGUUAAGAUCGGACAGGGCGAUAUUGGUAUUCCCGUUGAGCAGUUCACGGACGAGGCGUGGGCGGGCUUGGUUAGGGGCGAUGAGGAGAUUCCCGUGGGCCAUGUUAAGGAGAGCUUUGAGAUUCUCGAGGGCCCGAAGAGAGUCCCGUUCCAGAGGAUUGUGGAGACGUUUAUGGGGAAGAAGUGA